GAACCAUGAAGCAAACAUCUGCUUGUCUUCUGCUCUCUUUGACCCUGGAGCUGUGCUGCACAACCAGCCAAGCUCGUCUGACUUUGCAUCCCAGCAGAUCUCAGUUCUUUCAAUAUGAAUCUGUGACUCUGAGCUGUGAGGAUGAAAACAGCUCUGCUGGAUGGACUGUGAGGAGUAACACAUCCAGAGACACCGGGAAAGAGUGUGGAACAAACUGGGGAAAGGCAUUUGGUUCUUUCUAUUUCUUCAGGUUCUUGAACCCAUGUGACAGUGGUCUGUACUGGUGUGAGUCCAGCAAUGGAUCCUCCAGCAGCAGCAGCAUCAACCUCACUGUUGGUGAAUUGGUGAUCCUGCACAGUCCUGUCCUCCCUGUGAUGGAAGGAGAUGACGUCACUCUGAGGUGCAGAGCAAUGUAUAAAUUCAACAGCCAUCCAGCUGCUUUCUUUAAAGAUGGCGUCUUCAUUGGUAACGCAUCAUCAGGUCACAUGACCCUCCUCCAGGUUUCCAGCUAUGAUGAAGGGCUCUAUCAUUGUAGCAUCAGCGGUUAUGGAGAGUCUCCAUCCAGCAGAAUCUCUGUCAAAGAGAACCCACCCACCAGUUCUCCAACUUCAUCUUCCUCUCCUCCAGCCACCUCAACCACUGAUCUCCAGUCUCUCCUCUACAACUUCCUGUCUCUCUCUGCCUUCAGUGCUGCUGUUUCUCUUCUACUAGUUCAACUUUAAAUUCUACAAUUGAAAUAUUUCAUUUAAAUCCAGUUUAUUCUUAAUUGAAAGUUGUUUUUGUCCUUUAACUGAUGGAUCAGAUUAUCUAGUACUUUAGCAGCAUUUUAGAGUCUCACAGCUUCAGACCUAAUUUAUUUCCUAUCAGAAUGUCCUGAUGUUAGAAUCAGUCUAAUAUCUGCAUUAGAGUUCCAGAACCAGAACCGAACCAGAUCUGAAAAUCAGCCGAAAAUCAUUUUGAUCUGAUAUUUUCUACUGAUAAUGGCUUUAAUUACACCUUCAUCUCAUCAUGUAUUAACAGCUUAAUUGUUUUUCUAUAUUUUGACUUCGUUACAUUAAAAAUGAUGUAAUAAUCUAAUUCAUGUCGUGCUUGU